AUGUAUAUGGAGGCUGGUGGUCAACACAAAGGAGAAAGUACAACUUUUUCUGCUCUAGAUGAGGAUGACUUGCAGACUGUGAUAGUAGAAAAUAAACUUGGGUGUGACAUCUUUGUCAAAAAAGUUGAGCAUGAUGUAGAUACAGUUGACAUGCUACAUCACGGAGACUGUGUUUCUGUGUGGAUUCCUCCUCCACGAUUUUCAAAUAGGUUAAAUGUUGCAGAUGAAUCCAGAGAAGCACGUUACUAUGUCGCUGUACAGAUACUGGAAGCAAAGGUCAUGAUGCAAAUGGGUUUAUCUAUAAUUGAUGAUGGUAACAGCCAUAACUUCUUCUGUGCCUUGCGUCUUGUUGUUGACAGUCAGGCAUCCGAGCAGCAAAGGCUUUUUCCUCAGAGUGCAAGAACAAAGUGUGUCAAGCCUAUAAUAUCAAGAAUUAAUAAUCAGGAUGAAGGCAAUGUAAAGUGGAAUGAACUUUUUAUAUUUGAAGUUCCCCGAAAGGCCCCUGCUAAGUUGGAAAUAGAGGUUACCAAUCUUGCUGCAAAAGCUGGGAAAGGGGAUGUCGUGGGUGCACUUUCCUUUUCUGUUGGACAUGGUGCUAAUACUCUUAAGAAAGUUGCUUCAGUGAGAAUGUUUUAUCAACCCUAUGAUGCUCAAAAUAUUAGAUCGUAUCCAUUUACUAGAAUGGGUCAGCAAAGCAAUGUUGAAUUCAUGCAUGAAAGCUCCCUCGUUGUUUCAACUUCUUAUUUUGAAAGAAAUACUAUUGCUAAUCUUCAAAAAGAAUUGGAAAGUGACAAUACUAGUGAUAGAGACAUAGGUUUUUGGGUGGGUCUUGACCCAGGGGGUGAGUGGGAGAGUGUCCGAUCAUUACUUCCACUUACAGUUGGUCCAAAAUUCUUAAAGAAGGAAUAUAUCGGUAUGGAAGUUGUGAUGAAAAAUGGGAAGAAACAUGUAAUUUUUAGGGGUCUUGUCGGAGUAGUGAAUGAUUCUGAUGUUAUAUUGAAUAUUUCAACGUGUCAUGCUUCUAGUGGUCAUGAGCCCUCACUUGGAACAAGCUCUUCAAAUACAGUGGUAGAAGAAGUCUUUCAAAAUCAGUAUUAUCAGCCAUCAUCAGGUUGGGGUAACAGUUGGCCAGAUGUACACCCUGAUAAUCCUAGACACUGGAGCACAAGGGACUUCUCGUCCUCAUCAAAGGACUUCUUCGAACCUCCACUUCCUCCUGGGUGGAAAUGGGCUUCAGGUUGGUCCAUAGAAAAGUUUCAGCAUGUUGACAAGGAAGGCUGGGCAUAUGAAUCAGACAUUAAAAAUUUAAGAUGGCCUCCUACUUCAUCAAAAUCUUCAACAAAAUCGGCCUCUGAUGUUGUCCGUCGAAGGCGUUGGAUUCGUACUAGACAACCCACUUCUGAACAAGGUGUAGAAUCCUUGCAAAGUGGAGUAAGUACUGUGCACCCUGGAGCAUCUACUGUUUUAUCAUGGAGAAGUACGUCAAAGGAUUCUGAACAACAUUUGCAAAUUCGACCUAGCUUUGAUAAUUCUCAGCCCUCAUAUUCAUGGAGUCAUGCUGUAGCUGUUGGUUCAACCUAUAUAUUUAGCAAAGAUCAACAAUUAGAUCCAGGUUGUAGACCAAAUUCUGUGACAUCAAAUUGUUCUUUAAAGCUAAAUGAGAUUGAGAAAAAGGAUAUACUUCUGUGCUGUAAUCCUAGCAGUGGAAGUAAACAGAUAUGGUUUAGUGUGGGUACAGAUGCCUCAGUCCUUAAUACUGAACUAAAUACCCCUGUAUAUGAUUGGAGAAUAUCUAUUAACUCUCCUAUGAAAUUGGAGAAUCGGCUUCCUUGUCCUGCUGAAUUUUCAAUCUUAGAGAAAACAAAGGAAGGAAACGGUGUCGAGCGACAUCGUGGUAUCGUUUCUUCUCGUCAGAGUGUACAUAUAUAUUCAGUUGAUAUUCAUAAACCUUUGUACCUUACUUUGUCUGUGCAGAAUGGUUGGGUUAUGGAAAAGGAGCCAAUUCUUGUGCUGGAUCCUGCUUUAUCAAAUCAUGUCUCAUCUUUCUGGAUGGUUCACCGACAAAGUAGAAGGAAAACAAGAAGCAAUUAUUUUGCCUAA